GUCCCUUCCUAUCUGGCAGCAACUGGGCCUGUGCAGGUGUGAACGGACACCUGCAAGACCUUAGAACUGUGCCCACCAUGCAGCCAGGACAGUUCGUCCUUUCACAAUAAGGGUCAACUGUCCACACCACUGCCUUUUGCUACUCCGCAUGGGGUUACCCAGCCGGGUGGAUGGCCAUGACCACCUCUAACCUCAGUUGAGAACCCAAAGACAUUGGUUGACACCCAGAGACAAUAAUCAACACCUGGCUGCUUUUUCUGUGUUUACAUCCUGCUCACUGGUUCUGCUGGAAACAUCAAUCCACCAUGGUCGAGUACUAUGAAGCUCUGGGUCUCCCCCAGAAUGCUUCCUUGGAUGACAUUAAAAAAGCAUACAGGAAGAAAGCUCUAAAGUGGCACCCAGAUAAAAACACAGAAAACAAGCAAUUUGCAGAACAGAGAUUCAAGGAGAUUUCAGAAGCCUAUCAAGUACUUUCAGACAAGAACAAACGUGACAUCUAUGACCGCUGGGGUAAGGAUGGGCUACUGGGAAGAGGUAGACCUGGGGCAUCAUCUAGGACCAACAUGAGCCCUGAUUAUAUGUUCCACUUCCGCAGUGCCCAUGAUGUCUUCAGGGACUUCUUUGGAGGACGGGACCCUUUCUUUGGAGACGCAAUGCCAUUUGGUGCAUGUGCUGGUGGAGGAAAUGGGUUCUGCUUCUACUCUUCAUCAACUAAUUUCGUCAACGGCAAACAGAUCACAACCAAAAGGAUUGUUGAGGAUGGACAGGAGCGAGUAGAAGUUGAAGAGGAUGGAGAGCUUAAAUCUGUUCUUAUUAAUGGUGUGCCCACUGAGAGAGCAUCCAUUAGAGAAGCUGGAGGGCAUCAUGGUGAGCCCAACAGAUACAGGUCUGCACCUCAGUUCGGUUACCAUGAUGACUCCGAUUCUGAACCCAUCUAUGAGGUGCGCACCAUCAGGCAUGCGUUCCCCAACCAAAGGAAUAAAGGCUACAGAGCAGGAAAUCUGUCCCCUGCAGAAGACACAGACAGCGAGUCUCAUGAUGAGUUCCAGACUGAGGAUGAUGAAGAAUCCCAUAUCCCUGAGUUCUAUUCUCCUUCUGCUUUCUAUUCUGCAGGGCCAGGUACUUACGACAUCUCCUUGUCUCUGCCCUGCAUGGGUCAGCCAAGACACCCCAGUGUCCCUCCAAGUCUCUCAACAGGACAGACAAAAGAUGAGAAGGACUAUUAUGAAGUCCUGGGCAUUCCCCAGGGGGCAACGCAUCACGACAUUAAAACGGCGUACAGAGCGAAACUGAAGAUGUGGCAUCCUGACAAAAACCCAGAUAACAAAAAAGAAGCUGAAGAGAAGUCAAAGGAGAUAAUGGAAGCAUACAAAGUGCUGUCAAACUGUGUGAUGCCUGCCCAUGAGAAACACAAGAGUAAUACGGUAGACGAGAAAGACCACACCAAGCCAGACAAACCAAGUUCUCAGGAUGACGAGUUGAGUGUGGAGAAUGACAAGAGCUCUUGUUCUGAGUAUGAUGACUCAACAUUUGAGUCUGAUGAUGAGUCGUCGAGUUCAGAGCAUUAUUCCACCUUGAACUCUGAUGAGUCUAAUGAAUCCAGUUCUGAGUCCAGUUCUGAGUGUAGCAGGUCAAGCUCCAAAUCCAGUGAACCGAAUUCAGAGUCAGAUUCUGAGUCCAACGAUCCAGGUCAGAAGCCUAGCAAGCCCCUUCCUUUGCAUCCACGUAGAAAGCCUCACAAAAGACACCGGGCAAAGCAUGACCAAUUGUCUCCUGAGAAAAAGGAUUUUCCAGUCGGGAAGGGUAAGCAGACCCAGGAUGGGAGAAAGAGAUUGCAGACUAGGGAGAAAAACCUGCCUGUCGAGAACAGCGCAUUGCACACUAGGAGCAGCAAGUCUGGUAAACAACCUCUUGUGGAGAAUAGCGAGAGCACCAAUGGGAAGAGGAAAGCCCCAACUGAGAAGAAUGGGGCCUAUGCAGAAAAGGCCAGGCAACAGAGCGAAGAUUGGGAGACCCAUACGGGGAAGGCUAAGCUUCCCAAGCUAAAAACUGAGCUGCAUGGUGAGAAUAAGCUUCAUACAGGGAAGACGAAACAGCGGCAUGAGAAGUCAGAGUCAAGCACCAAGAACAAGCUUCGGAGUGGGGAAGCUGAUGCUGCCCCUGGAAAGCAUGAGAUGCAAACUGAGAAAUUUUCAGCACAGAAACAUAGAUCCCAUCCAGGACGUGAACCUGAUCGUGGGACAGAGCAGUGUGCUGGGCAGAAGGAACGAUCUGACAAGCAGGAGCCACGUAUUGGACACCUGAGGUACACUAGGAGGAAAACCUCACCAAUCAAAAGUAAGGAGAUGUCAGGGAGGGUGACUAAGUUGAUAUCGCCAAAGUUGAAAGAUGGAAAAGCAAAACGUUCCCAAAAGGGUGAGCUGCAGGCUGGGGAAAACAAGACGCACGCCGGGAAGAGCAAGGCUAAUGUCCAAAAGAAGGCACUGAAUGAUGAGAGGAGUAGGAUGAAAGUCCAGAAAAAUGAGUUGCAUGCUGUGAAGAACAACAUGGCAGUCCAGAAGAAGCAGCUGAAUGCUGGGAAGAGCAAGGUGCAGGUCCAAAACAGUGAUGGGAGAGGUUAUAAGCGGGACCUUUAUGACCUCUAUGGACUCGAGGGACUGAUAGGACUAAGCACAGAGAUCAUGCCUAGAUUCAGCUGUCCUCAGCAUAUCAUGCCCUUUCCCUUCUUCCUUCACUCCCUGAAAGACAUCCACAGCGUGCUGAGAAGUGAUGGUGACAGGUAUCUGGUUUGUUUUCUUGAAGGUGCUGGGUUUUAUCCAAGCGCCACUGAGACUCCGGACUUCAUGUUCACCUUCCGUGAUGCAGAUGAGGUCUUCAGAGAGUUUUUCGCAGGACAAGAUCCCUUCAGUGAACUCUGUGAGGAGUUGUCCCCAUAUACAGAUCUUCAAGGAGGAAUAACCCAGUGGGUCAUGCCAGGCUGUACCACUUACUCCUAUUGCUCCUACAGCUCUCCAUUCCAGACAGAUUUCUUCACUACGUUUGGGCCUGGUGCUGAAUUAGGAAUAGGCUUCUGCUCUGUCUCCACAUCUACUAAGUACAUCAAUGGCAAACGGAUAACCACCAGGAGGAUCCUUGAGAAUGGGCAGGAGAGAAUGGAGAUUGACGCGGACGGGGAGCUCAAAGUGGCAGAAGUGAAUGACCUCACCAACAACGACUUGAAGGCCACGGUGGAGCUCAUCCAGCCGGAGCAACACGAGAUCCUGCGCUCGUCUGCUACGGACAUCCCGACUCCACCACGCCCGCAGAGCACAGGGUUCUCUUUCGCCCACCCUGAAGACGAAGACAAGGAGCUGCAUCGGGCCACCCUGGCCUACAGCCUGUCUGAGAUGGAGACUGUGGGGCAGCAGCACCUGGCAGGCGCCUCCCGAGACAGCUCCAGGAAGAGGCGAGGUAGCGCGAGGCGGGCACACAAAAGGAUGCCAGGGCCCAGUGAGGAAGUGGCGGGUGCUCCCUUUCCCAUUAGAGCCAGGAGCCCGGGCGCAGGAGACAACACAAAGGAGGACAAGCCAGCAGAAGGCCCAAAGGGCAGAGGCUGCGCUGAAGAGCCGGAGAAGCAGCAACUCGCCUUGCCAGCGGCCCCUGAGGAGAAUGACUCGGUCCUCAGUGACAUGCGGUAUGUCUUCCCCGACAUUAUCCCUUCCCACAGGGAGAGGGAAUCCAUCAUGUGCACUGUCCUCUGAGCCUCAACGACAUGCAAGAGAAGAACGCUCCCGUGUCCAAUAAAGGUCACAGCCUGGC